AUUCUGUUGUUAUUAAGAAAUGUCAGUAGUACAUGAAGGAUGAAGAUGGAAACUAAUAUAUUCGUACAAACAUAGAAUUUUCGUGAUAAGUGCGAGAGAUACGUUCUAAUUGUAUAAAUAAAUAAGCUGGGUUCAAUUCGGAGAUUCUCGAAUUAAGUUUGGGAAAAUGGAACAUAAUAUAGGUGCUAUUGGAAAUGAUAAAGUGACUCCUAUGCAAGAGCUGAACGAAGCGCUUGGAAAAUGUAAAUUCGGACGAUUCCACAUCCAUUUGCUCUUUGUGUCUUUUGCUGGAUCAGUAGCAAGUGUGCUGGUGACCCACACUACAUCUUACCUUAUAACUUCGGCAGAAUGCGAUCUGAACAUGGAUCUAAUAGAGAAAGGCAUGUUGAACGCCUCGCCAUAUUUGGGUUCUCUCUUCUCAUCGGUCUUGGCCGGGUUCUUGACUGAUACAUUUGGUAGGAAGAGAUUCUUAAUAUUGGGUUUUGGAGGAAUAUUCAUAUUUACCCUAUUGGCUGGAUCCAGUCAGACUUAUGAAGUAUUAUUGACGGCUAAAUUCUUUGAAGGAAUGUGUUUCGCAAUAUCAUUAAGUGCUUCAGUAACUUAUAUAUCCGAAUUCUGCCACAAUGAGAUUAGAGACAGGUUAGUGGUCAGCCAAACGUCUUUUGCGGCUAUUGCUCAAAUUAUCAGUACCGCGAUGGCAUGGGGAAUACUAACCCAGGACUGGCGCGUCGUAUUUUUGGACGGUAAAUUCGUACUAAACACUUGGAAUUUUUAUUUGUUCGCGGUAUCUUUGUGGUCUUUCCUGGCUUGCAUUUUAUAUUCACGGUUACCUGAAAGUCCAAAAUACCUAUUGACUCAGAAGAAAUAUGCGAAAGUAAGGAACAUUUUAAUUGAGAUUUACAAGAGCAACAGAUGCGACACUGCUUCCGUGUGCCCGUUUGUCGACAUGUGGAAAGACAAAAUAAAAAAAGACCUAAUAACGAAUGAGAAAGAAAGAAAUUCGCUUAAAGAUCAAGUUUUAAUUAGCUUGCGGAACGUAAAAGCGAAUUUUCGGAAGUCACUACUCAUCUUGUUGUUUACACUGUGCUUUCUAUUCUUUCUGAUAAUGGGAAAGUACAAUGUCGUAAGACUCUGGUUUCCACAAUUAUCAACUAUAGUCGAACAUAGUCAGAUGAAUGCCGACCAAGAUUUAUGUGUCCUAUUGGAUAAAUAUACAGGUGAAUUAAAAUUAAGCAACAGUAAUGCUACAAAUGAAGACUAUUGCGUUCCUACUAAAAGUGGAACGGAAACCUAUACAAACAAUAUGAUAAUAGGCCUAGUGUCUCUUUUACCACACUUCAUCACCGGAGCUCUCGUUAACAAAGUAGGGAAGAAGGCUUUACUCGUAACGUUAUGUCUUAUCUCCGCUGGUGCAAUUUCUGGCGUGAGAUGGGCCAAUUCCAGAACCGCAGUCGUCGCCUUAUUCUCAUUGGACAUUGCCAUUACGCAAAGCAUUAAGAGCUUGAUCCAAGCUGUUACGAUAGAAUUUUUUCCAACAGCCGUAAGGACACUCACAAUUUCUUUAGUAAUGACGUUUGCUCGGAUCGGCACUUUAGUAGGAAACGUCCUGUUUCCAAUAUUACUAGACAUACAAUGUAUUAUCCCGUUCUUCAGUAUGGCCGGAAUCAUGACGUUUGUGACAUUGGUUACGCUCUUUUUGCCGAAGAAGAAAGAGAAAUGAAACUAUUAUUGUAAAUAUUAGGUUAAAAACAAUAAAUUAUUAUAGAUUCAUA